GAUCUUUCAGGUCACAGGUGAGUUGGCAAGCUCCAACAUCCGCUCCAAUGUGGCCCAAGCGCGCGUGGCGUGCGUGGCGCGUUUUGUUGGAUCUGACACCUCGCCGAAUGGGACCGUCCAGGGGAUCGCCGCCAUGGCAGAGGCCAAGACCAUGAUGCUGGCCUCCCUGCAAGGAGCUGCUGGCAAUGGCCCCCGAAUCCUUACCCUUGUUCGCAAAGCAGAGCAAAGCCUGGGCUCCAGGCGUGAGCUUUGCAACAUCUAUUCCGCUGCCAUCGAGGCCUAUCAGUGCCCCAAGGCAGUGGAAGACGAGGCCUACCGGGAGCUUUGUGUGAAGUACAUGCUCGAGCUUUGCCAUGUGGAUGUGAACGAAGCACGAGAGUUCCACAACCGUCAGAGAGCCUUCGGUGUGAACAGCGAUGCUCGCAUGUAUCACGCGCGAGCGACACUGGAGGAACGCGAAGGAGAUGAAACAAAGGCAAUGAAAAUCCUUCAGGAGGGCCUCCGUUGUGGCGCACGGCCCGCGGAGCUCCUGAAGAAGCAGAUCGCCAGACUCCUCUCCCGCGAUUCGCUGAAACAGGUAGCCUCGGAAGUGCGGACGCAGGCAGAUUGUGCCGUGCAGACGGACGAAGUGGCUCCUAGCCGACCAAGCUCCUCUUGGCCGACCGACCGCCCGACCCUCGCUGAGCGAGUCCUCCGGUCGCUCGAGCGGAUGAACCGGACCUGCUGUCUCUUUGACGUCUUCGGUGCCUGGAAGGACCUCCGCGACGCUGCGGUGCAGCUGCGCCGAGAGGCGCUGUUCGACGCCUUGCGCACGCAGCUGGACAUGGCCCAGCGAAGGACCCGUGCCGCCGAGGUGGCGACUUCUACAGGUCGGUCUGGUCGAUUCGAUUUGGAUGCUUUUUUUCAGCAGGUCGUGUUUUUCUUUGAAUUGUUUUUGGGGGUUUGGAGAUGGUUGGCUUGGUGGAUCGGUCGACUGUGGGUUGAGACCGAUAGUUCCGAUAGUUGUGGAAUAGCUGAGCCCUCAUGUCCAUGGUACAUGGGUACCGAUGAUCAACGUGUUUGAAGCGGUCCUGGACAUACAGAUGGUGCAUGAUUAGGGUUAAUAGAUGUACUGUACCUAUAUGCAUGGUUUUACUGUGGCAUGCGUUUAAUGCUAUGUCCCUCAACCUUUUUGGAAGGAGACUGGUUCCACGAGCAAAGUCACCCCCACGCACCACUUGCCAGUCUAGACAGUUAUGGAAUGUUAUGGAGGCAUUCUUGCGGAGAGACAGCCGAAGCAGUCUUGGCAGACUCUCUUUGUGUGCGGCGAAGCUUUGCAGCACCAGCAUGAGCCCUGGUUUUGCCACCUGCAGCCACAAGCUGCACCAAGUGCGACCAAGUGUGCCUCCUUAGGAGAAACACAGCCGAUUUGGCUCUUGUGGCGCAACUGACCCGCCUUGACGCGACUGAUUUGCGAUUCAGCAGGUCUCCGCUUACGAUCAGUGCAUUGUGCGUAUCGCUCCAUCAGCAGUGCGAGUCCUGCUACCAACCAUUAUAUGGGAAGUACCUGUGGCCUGCAGUUUUGUAGAUGUUGAGUCUUGGGAACGAUUGGUUACCAUCUCCCCACUCCGUGGACAAUCGGCAAAAUUUGUCCCCGGCCCUCGAUGCCAGUUAUAGUCCCCGGCGUGGGAGAUCCAACACAAAACCAUGCCAUCAACCUACUGUAUCGCCAUGUUUGGCCAUCAUGACUUUCGCAAGAUAUUAGUUAUGUGUUUCCUUGUGAUAUCCAGGGAACCCCAUGUGCAUGUGUUUGUUCAAACACGUUCCCAACAAAAAGAAACGUGCAUCCAUUUUUUGUUGACAAACAUGGCUGGAAUUGCUCCGAAUAUUGGGUUUGAUUAGUUUCCAAUAAGCCGUCGAUAAUCUUUGGAUUUCAUAUAGGUACGGUUUUGGUACGGUAUGUUGUUCUUUGUAUUAGCCAUACGGCUUAAUACGCUCGUUCUUUGAGAGAAAAUUUGUCCAAAUAAUUAUGCAUUCGCGCAAAAAUACGUUCAUACACCUUUCCAGGAUGUUUGUAGGUCAAAAACAAAGACCCAAUGGUCCAUAUAUGAUCGGUUGGCAUGUUUGGGCGCGUCCGACAUCCCAUGGACUUCAUGUUUCCUCCUCAGGUGUGGUGCCAUGAUGCAAAUCGCCUUCAAUCCAUGUCUAUCCUAUUUGGCUUGUUACCAGUAGCGAUGCACUUGUCACGAAAGGUAGCGGUUACGCUACCUGAGUUGUCUUUGCUUUAGCAAUAAUGUAUUGGGGGUGGUGAAGUGGUCCGGUGCUUGAUUUCGGUCGUUUAAGAGUUGGAUUUAUAUAAAUGUCGGGGGGGGGCCGGCCCCCCCCCCUCCC